GUCUCCCUCCGGGAUCUCGGGCUGUGAUGGCGGAGGUGGACGACACCGACAUCAUGAUGAACUUCCAGGGCGAUUUCCCAAAAAGCGGCAGGAAAAGCUGCCGCUACCCGUACUGCAUUGUCUGGACGCCUAUUCCCAUUCUAUCGUGGGUGCUCCCCUUCAUCGGUCACAUGGGCAUCUGCACCUCGUCAGGGGUCAUACGAGACUUUGCGGGAUCUUACUUUGUCUCGGAGGAUAACAUGGGGUUUGGUCGACCCACAAAGUACUGGAGGCUCGAUGUGGAUAAAGUAUGCGGUAACGGUGCAGCAACAUGGGACCAGGCAGUGCACGACGCAUCCGAGGAAUACAAAUGCAGGCCGCACAACCUGUGCAUGGAUAACUGCCAUUCCCACGUUGCGAUGGCUUUAAACCUGAUGCGGUACGACAACAGCUCAUCCUGGAACAUGGUGAACCUCUGUGUGCUGUCCUUCGUUCAUGGGAAGCACGUGAGCUGGGCAGCGGUCCUGAAGACCUGGCUCCCCUUCGUCAUGCUCUGUGGGGUCCUCGCCACGUUCAUCCUGACUCUGAACCUACAGUAGUAGAGCGAGCGGCUCCAGGAGAGCGCUUUAGUGAUGCUGUACACUGUCACUGACAUGAAUGGUGUGUGUUGUGAUGGGGUGUUUGCAAAAUGUCAAAUGGAACGACUCGUUAUGUUUUAUUUAACAAGCUCACUUGUUGUUUUUAAAGGAUUUGUAUCAUUAUUUUUGCAGCUUUACCUUAUCAUUUGUAUCCAGUGUUGCAAUUCCCGAUAAUUUUAUUAAAUCACAUGUACAAUAUCAAAAAAUAUAUAAAACAACAUAAAGGGUGGGGGAGGCACAGUUCUGCUCAGAACGCAGCAAAAGGUUGCAGAAAAGUGAUAAUUUAAACCUGGAAUCCCAAAACCCUGACAUCAGCGCAUAGCACAAUGUUCACCUAGUACAAAAGCAGCAAUAUCAAAAUUAACAGCAAAUAUUUGAGAUAAUAAAGUGAGCUCAAUUUAUCCAUUGAGCUGUGGGAAGUCAGGUGAAAUCUCAUCUGUGAGCAUUAGCUUGGAGACCUACCAAACAGGCAUUCUCCCCAGGGAUUUAAAAGCUUUCUGAGAGUGUAUUUUCUCUACAGUAGUGAAUGAAUGCUAGUGGUAGAAACUGUAAUUUGAAACACUAGCACUCUGGCAGCAGUCAGACAAACAUAAUUUCUACUUUGGUUCUGGCCAACAUUGUUUCUUGGAUGUGCACAUCAGGCAUCCAUCCACACUUUCCUCAGAACAACUCACCAGAAUAGCCUACUUUUAGCUUAUCACCCUGUACAGUGGUUGUGCAAACCUCACCUUUAUCCAUAUAGUCAGCUUGUGUUUACUAUAUUACUUCAAUAUAGUUAAGAAACAUUACUUUGAGGAGAGCGUCUAGCUCUGUCUGCAGUUAUUUAGCGCCCAACAAAAUGCAUGAUCUUUAACCAAGAUAACAGCUCUAGUCAAGCAGUCUUGUGUAAAGACAAGUGAAAUAAAUGUCACAAGUGAAAUGCAGGGAAAACAUUUGGAGAGGUUAAUUUGUGGACUUUACAGGUCUUGACAACAGAUUCAUAAAAUAAACAAUGACUGAGAUCUAAAGAUAUAGAAACAUAUAAAAGGUAUUAUAACUAAAAUCAAUUAUUAUUAUAGCGAGCAAUGACCCAAUUAAAAAGUAUUUGCGUACCUGAUAAACUUUAUGCUGACAUACAGCACCCAGAGUCGUCUAGCUUUUUCACCUGUCCUUAAGACAUCUGUCUAAGGCUUGGCAUGAACUGCGCCGUGUGCCCGUCCCUCAUGUCUGGGUUGAAAUCAGAGAUCCCCUGAUAUUUCAAAAUCCCUGGGCCAAACAGUGUUUCCAGUGGAGCGACUGUUUUUGGUUGAAAUUUAUUGUUUUUACUUGUUUGCUUCCAACCCUCUUUCCUGUAGAGAUCAUCUCUGCAGCAGAUGUGCUCACUCGGUUCGUUUUUGUGUGUUGCCAAUAAGAAUCUAUUUAUUUUGUUAAUUUUUUUAUGCAGAAACCAGUCCUUGUCCUUAGUAUAGUAGUAGUUCAACAGACUGGCUUCAGAAAAUACACUGCCGUUCAUAAAUACUCGCCUCCUAUUUUUAGGAAGGAAGUGGCUUCAAAUGCUUUUUUUAAAAAAUCCAUUAUCUGCUCUGAAAAUCUGGUUAUGAUUUAUUUAAGUUUCAUAUUUUCAAUAUUUAUGGCUCUUAUAGCUCUGAAAAGUGACAUUUGCCCUUUGUGUAACAAAGUUUUGUUUCGUUUUAGUACGGUACAAUACAGGGUCUGCAAAUCUUUCUUGCGCUUGUAAUUUUUAAUAAGUUUUGUUAUCCUAUAAUAUGCUGUGUGCUUUUUCUCGGGAAAAAUAGUCACAUUAAGGAGGUUCAUUUUCACCGUAAUCCACCACAGGGGAGUGGUGUGAUGCAUUUUUCAUGAGCGACACUGAUAAAUCCGUUUCUGCGGCGCCUAAUGUCGACUCCAGUGAUGAAUCGCUAUAAAAUGGAUUUGAAAUCUUAA